AUGCUCGGGGUGACCGGCUCGGCGAUCGGGCACAUCGGGUACGGGAUUCUCGCGGCGCCGUGGAGAAAUUGGGGCCCGGAGGGGUACGCGUUGGCGUGCGCGCAACAGUGGGAGAAAAUUUACUACGAAUGGAACAUUCCGGCGUGUGGUUUGUGCUUACUGUUUGGCAACGUGUAUUACGCGUGGUUGGCGACUCGUCUGGCGACGAAGGAAAAUCGAACGGAUGUAACCGCGCAACCGUACGGUAUGAACACGACAGUAAUCUACAUCAUGUUAUAUGCCAUCACUUUGCCGGCUCUGGAAAGGGGUCACGAUAAGUUCGCUCCAUGUAUCGAUUUCGCUAGUCGAUGUUCGGCAACGGACGCGGAAAUUCAAUCUGGGGCGAGAAAAGCAGCCGAAUAUGCUUGGGAAGUUUCCGUGACGGCCAACUUUAUCGUCGGUUUGUUCGAAGUCAGCGGCUUCUUCUUAGGCGACUUGGUCAGGUGGUUGUUUCCAACCGCCGCCGUGUUCAUCCCGUUAUUUGGCGUUGGUUUCAUGUGGUUGGGCUACGUGUACGUCGUCGAUAUCUUUGAACACCCGAUGAUGUGCUGGCUUCCAUUCAUGAUUGUCUUGACGGGUUUCUUUGGGAACGUGAGGUACCCAAUCUACAAAACCGUCACGUUUCCCAUCGCUUUGUUGGCGAUUUUGAGCUCCUCGGCGUUUGGCUGGAUGGGCGCAUGCGAACAGUCCACGGACGACAUUGUGUACGGCUUUGGAUCGCACACGACCUCGGUUGCAGCGCAAUACAAUGGAGUAGAUGCUGCAACUGGGUUACCCCGCAAGACGUGCCAAGGUACGGACAAAGCGUUAGCUAAAGCUGCGUGGAAACAGUACGCCGGUAAGGGCGACAUCUUCGGCGGCUUUGGCAAAGGUUUGAAAGGCUUCAGCCACUCUGAUGUCAAGGAUCUCGUUGCUCAAUCUUUACUCUAUGGUGCGAUUGGCUUUUUAGGCUCGAUGGCAGAUGUCGAAUCCGCCGAGAUGGCUGGUGAUUCGUAUCCUAUGGCAGAAUGUUUGAUUUUUGACGGUCUCGGAACGAUGAUUGGUGCCCUCGCGGGCAGUAUCUACGGUACGACCAUGUACAUCGGUCACCCGAUUCACAAAGCGCUUGGUGCUAAAAUCGGUUACUCGCUUUUGAACGGGGUUGUUUACUUUGUCUUGUUCUGUAGUGGUAUCUUUGCGAGUUUGUACAACGUGAUCCCGCUUUGUGCGAACGGGGCUAUUCUUAUCUUCGUCGGUCUCUUGCUCGGUCGACAAGCGUUUGAGGCUACUCCAGCGAGACACUACCCGGCUUUAUUAUUGGGCGUUAUGCCGUUUAUCGCGAACAAAAUGUCUUUGGAAUCACAAGGAAACCACUCGUACGAUAUGGGCAUUCAAAUGAUGUCCGCGGCUGGCGGUACGAUGUGCGGUAUCUUCCUUUGCUGCAUCGCGUGCUUCGCCAUCGAUAGAUCUUUCUACAAGUGCGUCGUCGUUUCCUUCUUCAUGUGCUUCCUUUCCUUGUUUGGUUUCUUCGCGAGUCACAACGAUCUCAUCGAUCCGAGUACAGGCGUUAGAGGACCGCGACACGAGAAGUUGGGCAUCUACGACUCGAGCAGCGACUUGAACCAAGGCUGGAGAUGGGCCAUCUCGUGGGCCAUGGUUGGGGUGUACUUCGCGGUGCACAUUCCGUUCCAAAAGAAAGGCUCUCACGUGAAGAUGCCGAUUGACAUGAGAGAUAUGAAGGCCGAUCCGUACGAUUCCGACACGGAUUUGUCUUAA